CAAGGGAUGACGUCAGCACCAUAGUCAACCAUAUUGAUGUUCCUGUCAUUGGAUUGUGUACGUAGCGGACCGAGAAGUCGUUGAGUGACGCAAUUUUUCUCCUAGAAAUUAUAGAAACACAUUCACAAAAAAAGAUGAGUUUUAUAUGGAGUGGAUGGAAUUACUUUGUAGACACUUUCACAUCUAUGCUGAAAGGUUUAGGGCUAUGGGGCAAAACAGGCAGAUUAGUAUUUCUUGGCUUAGACAACGCGGGCAAGACGACGUUACUUGCAGUCUUAAAAGAUGACAGAAUGGCCUGCCAUGUACCGACGUUACAUCCUACGUCGGAAGAACUAAGGAUCGAUGGUGUCACAUUCACAACCUUUGACCUCGGGGGUCAUUUACAAGUAAGAAAAGUCUGGAAAAAGUACCUUCCUGCAGUUGAAGGCAUUGUGUUCUUGGUAGACGCUGCGGAGAGGGAAAGGUUUGCUGAAGCAAAGGCAGAAUUAGAUAGUUUAAUGACAGAUGAAAUGAUUGCCAAUGCCCCCAUCCUUGUACUGGGUAACAAGAUUGACGUGCCAGGAGCAGCUAGCGAAGAGGAAUUAAGAUAUCAGAUGGGACUUACUGGACAGACAACAGGAAAGGGCAAAGUUCCUCUGAAGGAUCUACCAGGCCGUCCUUUGGAGCUCUUUAUGUGUAGUGUUCUCAAGAAACAAGGAUACGGAGAGGGCUUCGUCUGGCUAAGUCAGUACCUCUAAAAGAACAUCCUCACUUUGGAAGAUGAUAGGACACAAUAAAUAAGACAAGUGGAAAGAAAUCGAAACAAUCGGAUCAUCUUGUGCAUUUCUUGUUGUUGAUGCGUUUCAUCAUCGUGGAACGCGACAGGAGUCGUUGGAGAACGUGUGGUUACUGCAGCAGAGGCAGUAACCUGUCAUGCUUCCCCCCAGCGAGGGCGCAAUACAUCUAGAUCAGGCUGCAUGUAAUCAAUCUACCGUGCACAUACUUCGAAAUGAGCUUGAAACGGAACAGCUGUGCGGUUGAUCAAUCUGUGAUCAUCAAAGGAGCAUUAUCACUGCGAUUUUUCAUCCACUGAAUUUUUUUUUAAAUCCCAAAGCAGUAUAUUGACAAUUGUUUACUAAGAGAAAUGUAAGAACAGUUGAAAAUUUCAUGUGAAAAAUUUUCUGGCUAUUUCCUGCAUAAAUCAACUUGAGGAGCUUACAAUCCAAUAGGCUUUUUGACGGUGGUCCACAGACUAGUAGAAAAGCGGUAAAUCCAUGAAAUUUUCAACUCAUGAUCCCUAGCAUGAUAAGCCGUAAGAAAUUAUAUUAUAUUGGACCUGAUACUUUCCCCUGAAAUGAAUGAAUAUUAACUUAAUCGAAGGCAAGGAUGAUUUUAAUAUGGGUGAAAGUAUGAAUAGAUCCUUGCAAUUCUUUUGAUAUAUGUAAUGCAUUUGUCUAUUAUAUGUUCCAGAUUGAUCCCAAACAGACAAGUUUCUUUCUGCACUUAAUGAUUUGAUUUUUGUUGAAUUAUCAUUUGUACCUUGUCCCACUGCUCUCUCGGCACUAAACUAACAGAUUCCUCAUCCAUUUGUGAUUCAUAAUAUUGCAUUCAUACUGGUUUUACAUUUGUCCACGAUUAGUAACAAGGAUUGCCCGUUGCACUUGUUCUCAAUAUCAGCCAGUCAGAAGCCAUGAAUUCAGUACCUGACAACAGUAGCUUGUAACUUGUUAUGGAAAACAAAAGUUUUAUGAACCAGGUCCAGCUUUGGUACAGCUCCGUAGUUGACCCAAGAGAGAUGCCCAGUAUGAAUGUGGUAUUAGGAAGUUGGUCUGGCGCUGAUGACACUCUCUGCUCUAUUCUACGCUUGCUGAUCUGUUACUUUAUAUACUUGAACUCCACAUUCCCCGUAAUACUGAAUAUCUAGAAUUACCAUCAUUUUUUUGAUUGACAAAUAUUGGUACAUCCUUGUUAUACCAAACCUGCCAUGAUUUUGGGAAAGAUGUGAAAAUGGAUGUGAUGGGAGCAUGGCAUUGAAUUACAGUUUGUUCUGUUUUCUUAUGUAUGUAUUAUUGAUAUUUUUUUAAUGUACAAACUCAUAUUAAUUUAAGCUUGCAUAUUUCAUUUUCAAGCCAGGACUGUUUAUUCAUCAUCUGCAAUUAUAGAAAGUCAUAUAUGUAAAUAUACAUAUAUUUGUAUAUGCCUAAAUUUAUUCUACACAAUGUUGGUUAUUUGCAUUAUUAAUAAUAAUUAUGCAAAUGCAUGUACAUGUACUUGUAAAUGCCAAAUUUACUUAUAGUGCUUAAUUUCUUCCACAAAAUAACACUUGACACUUUUCUUUGUAGAUGGCAUGCUUUGACCAAAUUGGAGGGGAGUCAAAUUAAAUGGUGAAAGUAUCUGUCGACAUUUUUUUUUAAUGAAAUGACAUUUGAAAGAAGUUUUGUACUGUAUACUGACAAAUUAAGAUAUGUACCAGCGGCCCUUUCAUUAGUUGUAAAUGAUAAAAAUUGCUUACAACUUUUGAAAUUGAUCUCAACUGUAGAUUUAACAAAUGAACAGAACUUGUGAACAAUUUAAAUCACUUGCAACUCUCUUUGAAGUGAGGCCUUGUUAUGUUUCUUUCCCCCAUGAAAUUUGAAAUUGAGCAUUGGAGCCUACAAAAGCAAUGGUGUGAUCAUGGGAUCUGUAUGUACCGGUUGUGCGCAUUACUCUGUUGGCAGAAAAACAAUGUAAGCAUUACUUUAGAAGUCCACUGGAAACCCAUUUUAAUAAAGUCCAUGGAAAGAUAGAAUUGCUUAGAUUACCUUGUUAUACUUUCUAGAAGGAAAUUCUGUGAAAGUUAGAAUUGAUUUGAGAGGAUUGGUUGGUCUCUGAUCUCCAGAUUAUUUAAAUUGAUUAUUGCCAUUAAUCUAUCCCAGGUUUUUAACCUUGUAUCCGGAACAAUGUUGGGGGGUGUUUCACAAAGAUUUAAGUAUGACCUAGAUUCGCACUUAACGGCCUAGUUGCAUGCGCUAUAAAAGGCAUGACCGCAUUCGUCAGAUCAUGCCAAGAGGACGAGCACUACUGUGUAUUGAUCAAUAAAAUUGCGCGUUUAAUAUUAUGUACGCAUCAGCAUUUCAGUGUGACUCUUAAGUCACACUGAAAUCUUUGUGAAACACCCCCCUGAUUUGGAUAACUCUACAUUCUGAGUUUCUGAUAUAAUCUAACACAAAAUGCAGCUUUAAAUCCUAAUCAUAGACUAAUUUAUGUAUUUAUCUAAUCGUAAUAUGUCAUUGUGGGUGUCACAAUCCUAUGGGUAUAUUGUGUAAAAAAAAAGAAGAAAGGGUUAAUAUUUGCCAUGAUACUAUUAUUUUAGAGACUGGUCCUUUGUUAAUACUACUCAUAUAUGUCACAUGUCUAUCAUGAAUAAUUCAUAUCAAAAUUUAAAUAUGAAUAUCGCAUUCAUGAAUAUUGAUGCGGUGAAUAAAUUAAAGGAAGAAGACAAAUUAUUCCUUUUUCAAGA